GGGGCAAUAGGAGCUAGCACCGCGACCGCUAUAGAUUGUUGGCGACCACGUCUCUACCAGCCGCACCGAAAUAUUUAUAGCAAAUCAGGACCUUAAGACGGAGCCGUGAGACUUACUCCAAUGCAGCAGCUUCUGGUGGAUCACUCACAAAUCUGCAUACCAUUUCUAGCUCUUGUGCAUUGAAGAGAAGAAAAUUCGAAUUCAACAGGUUCUCGACUUCAGCAAACAUGGGCGACUCAAGCAAACCUAUCCGAUAUGUUGAUAUCGGAAUCAAUCUCAGUGACCCUGUCUUCAUGGGUAAUUACCAUGGAAAGCAAGUUCAUGACAACGACAUGGAUGACAUUGUCCAGCGAGCUCAGCAUGUGGGUUGCGAGAAAUUUAUGGUGACAGGCUCCGACUUGGAGGAGUCGCGGCGGGCUAUUGAGAUUGCACAGAAGUAUCCGGGGUUCUGCUAUGCUACGGUUGGAGUUCACCCGUGUCAGGCGAAGCUCUUUGAUGAACAUCCUGGCGGACCUGCAAAAAUGCUAGAGGAGCUUAGAACGCUAGUGUUCGAGGCCAAAGCAUCAGGCCAAGCUGUUGCGUUUGGGGAGUUUGGUCUAGAUUACGAUCGGCUUUCCUUGAGCGCAAAGGAGCCCCAGCUGAAAUAUUUCGAAGCUCAAUUGGAUCUGGCGGUGGAGGUGCAACUCCCUCUCUUUCUCCAUUCCAGAGCUGCCAGCGAAGAUUUCGAACGUCUUCUGGCGCCCCGCCUUGAAAAGCUUCCGAAGAAAGGCCUCGUGCACAGUUUUACUGGAACACUUGACGAGAUGAAUCGAAUGGUCGCCCUAGGUCUCGAUGUCGGUGUUAACGGCUGCAGUCUGAAAACGGAGGAGAACCUGGAAGUAGUCAAGGCCCUGCCACUUGAACGGCUUCAGAUUGAGACUGAUGGUCCUUGGUGUGAAAUCCGUCCCUCUCAUGCAUCUGCGAAGUAUCUCGAAGGAGCCCCUCCGCUUCCCAAGGCUGUGAAAAAGGAGAAAUGGCAAAAGGGACUUAUGGUGAAGGGUCGCAAUGAGCCUGCAGCAAUCGCCCACGUUGCGCAUGUCAUCGCCAAAGUAAAAGGCAUCACUGUCGAGGAAGUUUGUGAAGCUGCAUGGAACAACUCAAUCCGGAUGUUUGGGCUUGGUGUCGAUACACCAUAAAUUUUGUUCAUGAUAUCUUUCCCGGUCGUUGCCCAAUCCGGGGGAGAACACCGUCCCGCAAAUUAUGAAUACUAGAUCCUUAGAUAUAGAAGAGACGAGGCAGUUUGCACGAGAAUAUUAUCAAUGAAAGCUACUUGACCUCUGUCGAUAAGAGUACCGUUCCUAAUUCUUUGUUGCCUCAUCCUGGAACCUUGGAUCGGUGGUGUUCGGACCACUACCACUGCGAACCACG